GGUGAGGUUACGGGCAAGCGCAACGCGAAGAUGGAGUAUAUCAAGUACUGGAAGAAAGUCGUUGAACGUUACCACGUCGUGAUCGUCUCAUGGCCAUCCGGGCUGCGGUUCGGCAACCUCAGCAGUGCGGUAACACGCCAGACAGACCUUCGACGCCUUCUAGCCCAUUGGGAGGAAGGCAAGACUCACUGGAAGACCAUCAGCCCUGCGGAACUGAAGAGGCUGAAUGCUGAACGG